AUGCUAAUAGGAACCUAUAAAAAGGGGAGCAGCCUCCGCACAGACACCAGAGCCAACAUUACUAUCCUGCAAGAAGUUUCUGCUUACACCUGGAUCAAAAUGGCACCUUGCUCCUCCAACUUCUCCUUCAUGCAGCAUGCCAGGAUUUCGGAGAGGGACAACAUCAAAUUAAGAAAGCCCGUCGUGGAGAAAAUGCGUCGAGAUCGCAUCAACAGCUGCAUCGAGCAACUCAAGCUCAUCCUGGAGAAAGAGUUCCACAAGCAAGAACCGAACUCCAAGCUAGAAAAGGCUGACAUCCUGGAGAUGACUGUCAGCUUUCUGAGACAGCAGCUGCAGCGCCCCGCCGGUAUGACUGGCGGCGACUACAGCCGAGGCUACUCUCACUGCUGGAGGGACUCGCUGCACUUCCUCUCAGUGGCCCCCGGUGGCACGGGGGCCUCGCUGCAGGCUGAGAUAGUCCGGAGGGACCCCAGCUCUUCACCCGGCAGAGGCACCAGGCUGGAGGAGAGCAACGGAGGCGCGGUGAUGUGGAGGCCCUGGUAGAAGACUCGCUUUGUAAGAAAUAUGCAGUAUGCAUUUCUAGCCCUGUUCCUUCCUCAACAUCUCAUCAUAUUGAUGGACACGUUGUUAAAGCCAGAGAUUGCCACUUAUCUAGAAGUCUCUUUUGCUUUGACUGUGAUUCACCGUUCGACCUUGGAUCUCUGGUGUUGCGUGAUGAUGGUUUUAAUGAAUUGUUUACUCCAGUGGAGUUUUACACUAUACAGUAUCUUGCUCGAUUGUAACAGUGUAUCUCUGCCAUAUUGUGCCGUACUGACAGCCCUUGUUGAGAAUAUUUCUCUUAUCGUUUGAUGGACUAUGCCAAAUUGUAAAAUGCUAAGUGAUGUGACGUCUGUGGCCGUCCAAGCGGAUGUGACCGUGUUACUGUUUUGCUAUAUGACAUUUAUGCUCU